CGGUAUUGUUUACGAUUCUCGGAAUUACGGGGAAUGGAUGUACGUAAUGUUUUUUUUGGUGAAAACUAAAUAUAUUUCGAAAUGUGAUCAUUAAAAAUUGUAUAAAAGAUAAUUGAAUUAAUUAUUUUGAUGUUUUAAGUGCUUGGUUUUGGGUUUUGGUUAAUUACAAGUGUUUAUUAAAUAAUUUUGUGCCCGAUACGGAGAAGUCUAUAAAAAAAUUAUUUCUUAGGAAAUGUCGUAAAUGGAAUAAGAUGGAGAUGUUUGAGGAAUUGAAAUAAAUUUGUAAAGAUUUGAUUAAAACUUAAAUUUUUUUUAAGUUUUAUCAUGGACAAAGUACUGAAGUUUGGGAUUGUGUUGGUGGUUUUGUUAUUUUUGCUGUUGGAUUUGGUGAGUGCUGAUUCUACGAAAUGUGCAGGAGGACUUGCAGGGACCACUCCUGGUUAUACAAUUCCAUCAGGAGACUUCACCAAGCAAUACGGUGAAAGCCUCUCAAUAAAAUGCGUUAUAGACCUGGCGCUGGCGCAAGGUCUAAAUUCCAGUCACAUAAUUUUCGCAAACGGUUCUAAGGAUCUUCCUCGAAACCUGACCAGGAUAAUAGACGAAAGGACAGCCGAACUGUACAUCGAAAAACCUAAACCCUUGAACCAGAUGUUCUAUUGCAAAUUGAAGAACCCGGACACGGGAGCUGAUAUAUCUGUUUGCAUGAAUUUCGUCACUAUAGGAACACCGCCACAAGAUCCUGAUGACUUCCAUUGCGUUUCUCACAACUGGGACAAUUUGUUGUGCGAGUUUCACCCGAAGGAAAAUUAUAUACAAACGAAUUACAGUUUGCAGUUUUAUUUGCCGACGACCAAAAACAAGAUACGAUCAAAUUGCACAAACAUGCAAGACAACGAGGACAGAAAAACCAAGUCCUGUUUUUGGGAUCUAGGAACUCGUUUCCAAUAUCGACAGCAAUAUGAAUAUUAUACUUUUAUCCUGACGAUGAGCAAUAAAUUCGGCAGGAAUAAAUACGAGUAUAAUUUCUCUCAUUAUGAAAAUGUUAUACCAGCCAAGGCAAGUUUUUUGGAGAUCAGAGACAAAAAAGAGCACAGUGCCCUGGUUGUUUGGAACGUGACGAGACCUUUGAAUACUUUUCCAAAAGGACUGCACCAUAUGAUAAAAUACACUUCUCAAUACGAAAAUAGCACCACACAGUGGAAGGUUGCUGAUACGUCUUCGAUCCCAAUAAAAUCCGAACUCCAAUACCAAUUCGAAUUGAAAGACCUAAAAUAUGCCUACACGUUGUACGAAGUGCGAGUCCAAAUAAAAUCUGCAGUAGCUCCAAAUGAAACCAGCAAAUGGUCCGAGUACAGAUCAGUGUUCUUUAAAACUUUACCAGAAAAGCCUUCCAGGCCGCCAAAUACAGUCAUAAGCAGUUACGAAGUGGUCAACAAGAUUGGAAUGAGGGAUGUCAUUAUUUAUUGGCAGACUUUGGAGGAGUAUGAGAAGAAUGGAAGGGACUUCAAGUAUAGUGUCCAGAUUAGCGAAAAUGGACGAAUGCUGCCCAGGCUACCCGACAGAAUCCAAAACAACUAUGCAAACUUCACAAAUUUGGACCUGGACAAAGAAUACGAAUUUUCAUUGACUUCGGUUAACGAAAAAGGAAAAUCUGAUAACAGUUCCUUGAUCCACGUGCCGAGAUCAGAUAGAAUUGUGAGUCAGCCAAAGCUGUUCACAAAGAUCUCAUUGAGCGAUUAUGUUUAUCUGUUGUCCUGGAAAAGACCCGAUGGUGUUGAUGAUAUUUCAAAUUACACCAUUUUCUGGUGCCAGAGUGGAUUUGAAAGGCCUACCAUUUGUCCAAAUUCUUUAGAAUGGCACACAGUACCAGCAAACGAAAGCACACACAAUGUAACUGUAAAGACAAAUAAAAAUUAUCAAUUUGCAAUAUCAGUCAAUACACCGACAUCGAACAGUGGAAUGAAAUGGGCCAAAUGUACUGUACUCGAAACAGGUGUUGGAAAAAUCCACAUUGUCCGAAUCGAUCACAUAGGAGACACUUAUGUGAAUCUCAGUUGGGUUUUGGAAUGUUCUGAAUUAAUGGGCGUGAUUACCUCAUUCAAAAUUUACUACUGUGUUCUAACUUCACCUGAUGGUUAUUGCGAAGGUCCAAAAAUGAACGAAACAAUUCUGCCUAAGGAGGAAUACAUGUCGGCUACAAUAACUGGACUUAAACCGUAUACAACGUAUCAAGUCAAUGUUUCUGUGGUUUCACAUAAGAAAGAGGGUUUGCCGAGCAAUCCUAAAUAUUUGACAACAUUGGAAGCAGCGCCAACUCCUCCACUCAAUUUGAGACAAGAUGCCGUCACAAAUAAUUCGAUUACAAUUUCUUGGGAUGCUCCUUUGAAGAUAAACGGAGUCUUCAAAAAUUACACAGUCAGCUAUGGAAGUGAGUUUGGAUGGUCAGAGGAAACUUUUCAGAAUAUCAGCGAAAGACAGAUAACUUUACGCAAUUUAUAUGGCUACACAGAUUACUACAUAUACGUGAGGGCAUGCACGGUGUCCUGUUCAAAUGAUUCGAACAAACUGAAAGUUAAAACGCUUGUAACAUAUCCUGGUAAAAUAUCAAUACUGCGCUUCAACAGUUCAACAUUCAUGUCUAGUUGGCAUCCUCCGGUGCAUCGAGGAGGACCUUUAGAUAGUUAUGAAAUAUUAUUCACUAGAAUAACCGAUGGAAAAACUACUGAGGAUGUCUACAAUACAACCAGGACAGAAUUCAAGCUACCAGACGCCUUCUGCGACGACGACACCCAGACGACGUUUUCGUUCCAAGUGCGUGCCGUCAACAAAGUACCAGGACAACAAAUCUACUAUAGAGGCAACUGGAGCGAUUCCUACGGCGAUAUCUGUUUCAAAGGCGAAAACAGAUAUACCGGAGUUGUGGCAACGUUCAGCAUCAUCGGAGGAAUUGUCCUGUUUGUCCUGGCAGGUUUCGCUUGCAAAAGAGCAUACACUUAUAUCAAAGACCUGAAAGCGAUAGAAGUGAGACUUCCACCAGGAAUUUCUUCGGCUAUUGCAAGCAAGGACAAUAAAUUCCUGUUCGACGAAACGAGUCUUCUACCACAAAAGAAUGGAAAGAUAUUUUCCUCUCACGACCUUCAUACGACCAUAAAUUCGACAUUUUCUUCAAAAUCGAGUGCUGACGAUUCAGGAACACACAACCGUUCAGAUGAUCCAAUAAUCGGUGACAAAUGGUCAAAAUUAAACCACAAUACUGCCGAAGAUCCAGCAAUGACUGUGAUCAAAUUAGAAGACAUACCGAGGUCACCAAAUGAUGAUUGGAUGAAUUUGGAUGAUGAGCAGAAGAAACCAUCAAAUGACUAUUUAUCCCACAACGGUAAAUACUGCAGAGUAGGCGCCGAAACUAACAACCAGAACAAACCGACCAACGGCUACGUCCAGGCCGUAAUGCCAAUGCAACAGAACAACCUCAACAAUCACCACCAGAAACCCUACGAAUCCUUCGAAUGUGCCAACUUGAAUCCCCUUGAAGACACCAGCAGUCCAGAAAACGCCGACAGCACCUUGACUUACACGAAACUGCCUCCUGGUGAUAAACUGACAAGUGGGUAUUUGCCUAUAACGUGUUUACCAGGAGUGGAACAACCUACCAGGUUAUUAUUGGCACCGAAUACUCCUGAUGAUAGCCAGGAUGACGAUGAUUCGAUGUCCCAGAUUAAGACGACUGUGAAAAGGUCUGAAACUGCACCAGGGUACGUCGUGGUGGAAGCUACCCCGAAUACGAGUAAAGUACAAAGUCCUGUACGUGUUGGUAACUUAUCAGCAAUACCUAAAGGUUACGUAAAAGCUGCCGAAAUCCCUAACCUAGAACAAACCUCGCCACCAGUGAACAAAACCACAAACCUGCCUUACGUUACUUUAAACACUGAUAUUAACCCCAAAACAAAACUGAACACAACGAAUUCUAAUGGUUAUGUGCAGCAUACCAUUACAAAUUAAUCAACUUUAUUAUUAGUGGACUUGGCUAUUGGAUCCAUUAAGCCUUAAUUAUUGUGAUAGUUAAAUUAUUUUAUUAUGUGGUCGAGGAAACAGAGAGGAUUUUACUGGAGUGCCUA